AUGAACGGUCUCCCGAUAUCACCAUUCAUAGCGAAUCUCCCAAAAGUAGAGCUCCACGUCCACAUCGAAGGAACCCUCACCCCAUCUCUACGCUGGGAACUAGCCCACCGCAACAACAUAAAACUCCCAUAUACCACCUUCUCAGACCUCAAAGCCUCCUAUGCCAUAACCCUCAACCACAGACCAGAGCUCAACGGCCGACAACCCGGAAUCCCCACAUUCCUCGAAGCCUACUUUGCAGGAUGUGAAGUCCUCCAAACAGAAGUCGACUUCUACGACCUAGCAAUGGCAUACUUGACCCGAUGCGCCGAGAUGAAAGUCCGCUACACAGAGCCCUUCUUCGAUAUCCAAGCGCAUACACGGCGCGGGGUUCCCGCCCCCGCAGUUCUGAACGGAUACCUGCGCGCACAGCGGGACGCAAUAAAACUGGGCGUGCACUCGCGUUGGAUCUUUUGUUUUCUACGCGAUGAACCGGUUCAGUCUGGUUUGGAUGCGUAUGCACAGGCCAGACCGUGGGCAGCUGGUAAAGAUGGAAAGGGUCUUUUCCAUGCUGUUGGGUUGGCUAGUAAUGCCUACGAGCGACCUCCUAUGUUAUUUGAGGAGGGGUUUAGGCUUGCGCGUGCGGACGGACUACAUGUUACUAUGCAUUGUGAUUUUGGGCAGAAGGAUACACAUGAGCAUAUGGGGGAGGCUAUCUUCCGGGUGUGUGGGGGGUUGGGGGCGGAACGGAUUGAUCAUGGAUUAGAUGCUGAGGAUGAGGAGGUGUUGUGGAGGGGGUUGGUUGAUAGGGGGAUUGGAUUGACGUUGUGUCCGCAUGCUUAUCAUCGGCGGACGGAGACGGAGGUUUUGUUUCCGAAGAUACGGAGGUUGUGGGAGAGGGGGGUGAAGAUGUGUUUUAAUAGUGAUGAUCCGACUUUGAUGCAUGAUGUUUGGGUUGAUGGGAAUAUGCAGAAGGUUUAUAGUUUCUGUGGGUUUGGGAAGAGUGAGAUGGUGCAGUUUGUUAGAAAUGCGGUGGAUAUGUGUUGGGCUGAGGAGGAUAUCAAGAGGGCUAUUUAUGAGGAACUAGAUGCGGUCGAUGUUCAUUGA